UUUCCCAAACUUCGAACAAAGAGGGCCGGGGACGCUCCCGCUCGAACGAAGUAGCCGUUGGACUGGUACGCAGUACGCACGCCGGACGCGUCCUUCGAGAAACGACGCCGCCUCGGGAGAGAAGAAAAACGUCUCGUCUGCUCGCGAAAAGUAAAUAUCAACAGUAAGAAGGAGAAGAAGGAGACGACGACGGAGGAUGCUGAUGCUGAUGCUGAAACUGGCACCGGCUUCGCCUUCUUCGUAGCCAGCCAGCUAGCCGUCGUCCGUCAGUCGACACCGCCGUCGCGGCCGCCGUGGGAAUGGGACGAUCUCUGGCGCCGGCCGACUACGAGGGCCUCAGAAACGCUCGGAUCCUGGAGAACCAGGCCCGGCUGGCGUCUUUGGGACUGCAGAAGACGAUCCACGAGCUCCGCUCUCUAUCUUCGCCGGCAAAACCGGUUAGGGCGCGGCCGACGAAGGUGUGCUCCAUCGGUCCGUUGCGUCGCUCUGAACGGUUGAGAGGGAAGCCUGAUUCGAGAAGUGCUUCGGCGCCGGUGCGCCGGUCGGACCGCUCGAAAGGGAAAUUCGCGGCUGACGCGAAGAUGGAGAAAGGUGAAAUUAGCCAUCUGCGCCGUUCCAAUCGUUUCAAACGAGUAGCUGCUGAGUCGAUGCCAAAACAACCCGCAGCAUCGGACUCUUCAAACCGCUCAUCUGAAUCAUCACUUGAAGGGAGUGGUCAUGAAGAAGGUGGAGAGGUUUGGUUUACUGGAAGUAAAAGCAUCAGGCCUGCCAAUAAACCGCUGCUGAAAUUACAGGGGUUAGAGUAUCAGCUUUCGCCAGAUGCUUCUUCCAGACGUUGCAACAGCAAGGGCAGGGGCAGCAUCUACGAUCCCGUCUUUGGAAUUUCUUGCCAUUUCUGCAGGCAAAAGAAACUGUGCGGUGAAGAAGAUUGCAAACGAUGCAGUCAUCUUGACAUGGAUGAACCAUGUAUAGGAAAGACAGAUUGUUCAGUUUGCCAUUCUGCCUUGGGUGUUUUCUGCCGUGCUUGUCUCAAGGUUAGAUAUGGCGAGGAGAUCGAAGAAGUAAGAGAAAACAAAGAUUGGAUGUGUCCUCAUUGUGUUGAAGCAACUGGAUCAAAUCCAUACUGGAUAUGUAAUAGUUCAAUAUGCUUGAAGAAGCGAAAUAGGGCACCGACAGGAAUUGCAGUAUACAGAGCAAAGCUCGGGAAAUGGGAUACAAGUCCGUGGCCCAUCUUUUGAUGGAUGAGCUCCGACGAGCUGCAAAAUGCAGGAGAUGAUGGCGUGGCGGGCCUUGCAAAGCAAUGGAUUCCGAGGUCAAAAGGCGGAGAAAGGCCAGUAACAUGGGAGCCCCGGCUUCGAUCUCAGACGUUAGACUUUUGACGCAAACCACUACAGUUCGGCUUAGUGGGUCUUGCAGAUUUUUCUUAGUCCAAGUUAAGAGAGCUGUGCGCCCUACAAGAAAAGGAUGGUCCUAGUACUUUUGUAAUCAGCUUCAACCGUUGGGCCUUUUCGCCUUGGUUUUAUUAUUUUCGGGACACUAUCUAUUUAGUACUCAAGUGAUGAUGAAAGUCGUAUUAUCAGCGCAGAGAGGACUUUCAAUUUGUUGGCA